CACUCCCCAGGGGUUCUGGACGCCUGGGAGCUCGAACCCGGAGUAUGAGCUCUACUCGGGGGUCGACUCGACCGGCACAAGCUAUGCCGGAAUCAGAAUGACCGAUACUUACAUCCCCACGGGCCAGAUUUUGGAGCAGUACUGGUUCUUGCGCGAUGGCGAGACCGGCCUGCACUCGUUCUCACGCAUUGCGUAUUACAACUCUUCCGUCCCCUUCCUCAGAAAUUUACAAGAGUUCCGCACGCUCUUCAGACCAAAUUCAAACAUGUGGACGCACCUCUUGACCAACGAGCAGACCUACGGACCGCUGCCUGGAGCUGCCGCCAAGGCUAAACAGGUCGUAGUUCAGGACGCGACAUGGUAUCUUGGCAACACCCCCGAAGACCCGUACGUGCAGCAAGUCGCAGACUAUUUUACGAAAUAUACUUUCCAAGACACUUGGCGCGACCACCCAGUUCACGGCAUGUACGCCGACGGAUCUCAGAUUGCUGAUGGAUCCGUUUUUGGGUCGUGGCUGGUGAUGAACACGCUCGAGACCUAUUACGGUGGCCCGCUGCACUCUGACCUGGUUGUGGAUGGUAUUGUGUACGACUACAUGGUGUCUAAUCACCAUGGUGAUCAGACCCCCAACAUUACCCAUGGUUUCGAUCGUACUUUUGGACCACAAUACUACCACUUCAACCACUUCCCAGCCGGCACGGACAUCCUAAAACUACGCGCUGAUGCAGCUCAGUAUGCCAACCCCGAGUGGAACACGGCGUUUUAUGAUUCGAUCGCAAAGCACAUCCCAAACUACGUCACCAGCAAGGCGCGUGGCGUGUUCAAGACCAAGAUCGACCUCCCCAGGAACGCCAAGAAUGCCAUUGUAGUGCUAUCUGAGAAUGGAGUGGAUUUCCAGGACAACGUCUACGACUCGAAAGUGUAUCAGUAUUGGGCGGAGGUAGACAAGCAGGGGAGAGCCACGAUUCCUCGUGUCAAGGCCGGGACAUACCGCGUCACCGUCUAUGCAGAUGGCGUCUUUGGGCAGUACGUGCAGGACAAUGUCGUUGUGGCUGCCAGCAAGACCAAGAACUUCGCUGCGACGUGGAAGGAGGAGAGUGCGGGCAGGGAGAUCUUCCGCAUCGGAUCUCCAGACAAGAGUAGCGGUGAGUAUCGUCAUGGAUACCAGCGUGAUGCAAGCCACCCGGCUCACCUGGAGGAAUACCGCAUAUAUUGGCCCGUUCAUGACUUUGUAAAUGACUUCCCUGAUGGCAUCAAAUACAAGGUCGGCAAGAGCGAUGUUGGAAGAGAUCUCAACUACGUCCACUGGAGCGUGUUUGGCGGGUACGGCAACUCGAUCCGCACAGAGCCGUACAUCGGCAACGGCGACGUGAACAACUGGACUAUCCAGUUUGAUGUCGACAAGCAUGCUCUGGGACCACCAAAACCGCCGGGGCCGGGGCCGGGAGGACCGCAGUCUCGGAAAGCCACAUUUACGGUGCAGCUAGCCGGUGCAAAGACGGCUGCGGGCAACACGGACGUGUAUAAUGCGACGGAGCCGCACGCCAAUUUGAGGUACACGAUCAGCGUGAACGGGCAGGACCUGGAGCCGUGGGUCAUCCCGUACUACCAGAGCAGCUCCUGCGCAGUGCGGUCGGCGGUGAUUUGCUACAAUCUCGCGCACAAGUUCACCUUUGAUGCCGGACUGCUGCGUGCAGGUGUGGAAAACGAGAUUGUGCUGAGCCUGCCGUACAACGCCACGGACUAUGAGAGCGCGGUGCUGGCGCGGUCGGUCUAUGUGCAGUAUGAUGCAUUACGGCUGGAGAUUGAAUAGUGGUCAAAGGGAUAUUCUUCAUUUGUGCACAACAUACACUUGUGGUGGGCUCCUUCUUUUCCGCAGACGUAACAAGCAUGCAUGUCGGUGCCAUUCUACGAUGCAGCAAGCAAGAGCAUGUGUGAUGUGGAGUUGUAUCUGUGUGACCCGAGAUGCUCUGCUCCGGCCGCGAAGGAGCUGCCUGCCGGUGAGCCCGGGGUGCCGAGUGCCCGCGGGCAUCGGACAUGGCGGGGUCGGUCGGCCACGGAACGGCCGCGAUUCGGUGCCGACGGGCGGAGGAAAUGCCGAACUCACCACUGGUUCGGCUUGCGA